AUGCAAAUUACAAGUGCCAAGAAUGCUAAGACUCUAAGUCCAUCCCAUAUGAAACAAUGUAUUCUAUCGGAAAGUCGUUUUGAUUUUCUUAAAGAUUUGGUAAAAGGUUUACCAGACGUAUCAGGACCUGAUGAAGAAGUACCUACACCACCUUUAACUCCUGCCCCAAUAAAUGUAAACAUUUCUAAUCCAACUACGUGUCCGUCUACAGCAUAUUAUUUGGAUCAAGGCUCUCAAAGUUUGAUAUCAAACGAUACAAACGCAGAAAAUAAAAUCUGGAGAAAUGAUGGAAGAAUAGUAAAUUCAAAUGUCAAUGUAUCAAGCGAAAUAUCUAAAGUCACUGCUACACCUCAAGCUCCAGAAUUUCAAAUUUCUGUACCUGCAUCAUUUCAGAUUAAUCAACCUAAUUUUUAUACGGAGGUCAAUCCUAUAAAUUCAAGUAACAAUUCUGAUACGAGUUCAACAAAUCAUCCAACAUCUAACUUUACUCAUACUGCUAAUAUCGAUGAAGAUUAUGAUACAUAG